AUGAUAUCUUUCUUUUUAAAUGUCCCCUUAUUUUGUCUUUGCAUGACUUAUUUUUUUCUGAUUACAAUUCAAAUUUAUAUUCUUUCUUUCGACCUUUCCUUCAGCCUUUCUUUCGACCUUUCCUUCAGCCUUUCUUUCGACCUUUCCUUCUGUCUUUCUUUCGACCUUUCCUUCAGCCUUUCUUUCGACCUUUCCUUCAGCCUUUCUUUCGACCUUUCCUUCUGUCUUUCUUUCGACCUUUCCUUCUGUCUUUCUUUCGACCUUUCCUUCUGUCUUUCUUUCGACCUUUCCUUCUGUCUUUCUUUCGACCUUUCCUUCUGUCUUUCUUUUCCUUCUUUCCUUCUGUCUUUCUUUCUUCCUGCCUUUUCUUCUGUCUUUCCUUCUGUCUUUUCCUUCUUCUUUCUUUCGACCUUUCCCUUCAACCUUUCUUUUCUUUCUCUUUUCUUCAACCUUUCUUUUCUACCUUUCCUUCUGUCUUUCUUUCUUUCGACCUUUUUCUUCAAAAAAUUUCUUUCUUUCGACCUUUCCUUCUGUCUUUCUUUCGACCUUUCCUUCAUUCUUUCUUUCUACCUUUUUCCUUCUCCUUUCCUUCUGUCUUUCCUUCUGUCUUUCUGUCUAUUUCUUUUUCCUUCAGCCUUUCCUUCUGACCUUUCCUUCUGUCUUUCUUUCUAUCUUUCCUUCAGCCUUUCUUUCAGACCUUUCCUUCUGUCUUUGUCUUUGUCUAUCCUUUUCUUUCAGCCUUUCCUUCUCCUUUCCUUUGUCUUUCCUUCUGUCUUUCCUUCUGUCUUUUCCUUUCUAUCAAAUUUCCUUCUGCCUUUCUUUCUUUUGAACAAUUCCUUCUGUCUUUCUUUUAUCAGCCUUUCCUUUCUGCCUUUCUUUCGACCUUUCCUUCUGUCUUUCAUUCUUUCUGACUUUUCCUUCUGUCUUUCUUUCUUUCCCCUUUCUUUCGACCUUUCCUUCUGUCUUUCUUUCGACCUUUCCUUCAGCCUUUCUUUCGACCUUUCCUUCUGUCUUUCUUUUUCGACCUUUUUUAUCAGUUUUUUUUCUGACCUUUCCUUCUGUCUUUUCUUUUCUUUUCUAUCACCUUUCCUUCAGCCUUUCCUUCUGUCGACCUUUCCUUCUGUCUUUCUUUCGACCUUUCCUUCUGUCUUUCUUUUCGACCUUUCCUUCAGCCUUUCUUUUUCCUUCUGUCCUUCUGUCUUUCUUUUCGACCUUUCCUUCAGCCUUUUUUUGUCUUUCCUUUCCUUUCCUGUCUUUCUUUUCGACCUUUCCUUCUGUCUUUCCUUCUGUCUUUUUUCCUCUCUGUUUUAUUCCUUCUUUUUCUCUCUUUUUCUCCUCAUAAUCUCCCUCUUUCCAUCUACUUUUCUUUCUCUUUUUCUAUAUCUCUCUUCUCUUCAUUUUCUCCCCUUCCCCUAA